CUGGAAACUCUAUCCAGCUGCUUUUGGCUCCGCAUCCUUCGUCGCAACCCAGGCCGGAAGAAGGAACUCUCGUCGUCGUCGUCAGGGACGGCCCGGCCCGCCCGCCCGCCUUCUUCUCUCGGCGUUCUUCGUGAGUGCGCCCGCUGCCAGUGCCCUGCCAGUGCCACUGCACUGACUGCACUCACUGCCUUGCCCUGCCUCGCCUCUCGCGAUCGUCGUGCCAAACCCUCGCUGCUGCUUCCUGCUGCAUCCUUCUUUCCCUGCCUGGGGCGAGUUUUUGCCGUGCUGCGUCUCGUGCGUCUUCCGGACUUCCGAGCUUCCAUACCUUUUUCACGGAUCCUUAGGCCCACCCAUAGCCUUCAACUCUGCAUGUGCUUCUCGACCUUGUGUGCCCUACGCUCCGACAUGCUCGGUUCCUUGACCUCCCUCUGCCGCGAGUGUCGCAUAUCCUCAGUGCCAUCAGUGUAGUUCUUUCUCGUGCCGUAUCGCUGCCCCCCCUUCCUCUCCCGGACCCCAUUCGUUCAUUCGUCCGCUUCUCUCCUCCGUGACGGAUUUGCUUCUUCACGCGGUGUGCCAUAGCUCAUGUAGAUUACAACCCGCUUCUCUUGCAGCGGAUUUUUCCUCCCCACUCCUUGGCGAGAAAGCGCGGUAUCUGAGCCUCGAUGCUUUUUCCUCGAGUAGCCGCAACAAAGUAGUUCGCGUUUAUUUUCCAGGUGACGAUAUUCUUUUUUCGCGAGUCCGCUUCAUACCCCUCUACGAAGACUCUGAGCCUUGGCCUCUCUCCGCGAGUGCAAGAAGGAAAUCUUCAUCCGUUAUCUGCCGCCUCUGCUACGACGCUGGCUGGAGUUUGUCCAGGUCAUUCUCGCACCCGUGUAGCACCUUGCGUUCCCAUUGGAAGCUAUUUUCUACGAACGGCUUGGGGCUGAUGGAAGGAUAGGUAACAAGGCUAUGAGAAAGCGACGGCGACCUGUCAACGACCAAAAUUUCUGCAGCGAGUGUGGUGAAUUAGUUGUGUUUAUGUGUGCUGAGUAAUGGCAUCGAUGACUGCUGGGCGACCCCGUAAUCUCCCUCCGCAACCUGAAGUAGAUGUGAGGCAAAUUAUACACGAAGCUCAAACUCGUUGGCUUAGGCCAGUAGAGGUGUGCGAGAUCUUGCGCAACUACAGGAUACACAAUUUCAAGCUCAACCCUGUUCCUCCAACACAACCGCAAAGUGGCUCGCUCUUCCUUUUUGAUCGGAAAGCGUUACGAUACUUCCGAAAAGAUGGUCACAAUUGGCGUAAGAAGAAAGAUGGGAAAACUGUCAGGGAGGCCCAUGAGCGACUGAAGGCAGGAAGUGUGGAUGUCCUCCACUGUUACUAUGCUCAUGGGGAGGACAAUGUUAAUUUCCAGCGUCGGUGCUACUGGAUGCUCGAUCCAUCUUACGAGCACAUCGUACUUGUUCACUAUCGGGAAGUUACCGAGAACAAUCGAUCAUGCAUCAUUCGGACCAUGCAUGAUUACAACUCGACAUAUCAUCCGCCGUUGGCCUCUCAGCAUCAGCAUGUGUCGCCCACUGUCUCCGUCUUGACCAACGCUAGCUUACCAUCCUCCGUUGCAAGCCCAGAAACCGUGGAGGCUGCGGGCGCUUCCCUUUCUCCUGAAUUAGAUGAGGCGGAGUCAGCAGAGCCAGAUGAAUUCGAGGAUCCAAGCCUCGAGAUCGAAGGAGAUCAAUCGGGCUUACAACCUUCGUUAUUAGAACAAUUGGGGAAUCAGCCGUUACCAGGUGCUCAUAGUGCUUCGAGUUCCAAUCAGUGGCCCAGUCUCGGAAGGACUGCAAAGAACCUGGGUGUUACAGAUGGGCAGUUCGCUCCUCUUUUCUCUCAUCAGGACAACAGAGACUUCAAGCCGUCGUUUGCUGACUUGCAGCAGCAGCGUCCGCAGAGGAUGUCCAGUACAUCUCAAAGCGUCAACUAUCCGUUGCUACAAAAUUACCCUCGUGAUGUGGGUAGCAUAAGACAGCAAUUCGCAGACAUGUUGGAUAGUCCAGGUCCAUACCCAAGUUCUUCUCAGCGAAGCACUUCUUCUAUCAAUCAUUCUCUUGAUUUGUCCGUUUUGACAUCCAUGAUUCAAGAUGGCAACAGUGGUCAUGCUGGCAACGGUGCUGAGAGGUUUGCAAGACCAGAGGUUAAUUCCCCACCGGACUGGGCCGGAAUGUUACGGCAGGUUACCACCCCGUCAACGAGAAGAGCUCUUCUAGAGGGCCAGGGCCUGAAUCCUGGUUUAGGCCAGUCUCCACACGGAAAAGAUACGCCACCUGUUCUUGGUACUCCUAUUUCCCCUAAAGGCAUAGUCGAUGCCUUGUCUCCACGGAAUCUGGGCCGUGCACCUCAGACGACCCUUGAAGCGAAUUUACGUGCUGUGACUGAGAAAGAAGUCCUGAAGGAAGCAGAGGAGAAAGCCCAGGCCCAACGCACUAGGUGGCAAACAACACAGUUAACCGAACCCUCUCCAGUGGACUCAGUCAUCCAUCGCAAUGUGGACCUGUCCGGUGGUGCCCAGCAGAUGAGUGCAAAUCAUUUCAUCGAGCCAGAUACACUGGAACAUUUGGUCCGGAGUGGACAUUCUAAUCCAGAUUCGUUCUCCACGUCUGGUUCCAACGAGAAGGGUUCAUGGAUGCAGCAGGCUCCUCAGCAGAAUGAGCAGCCAGUGCAUGCCAGCCAGCUCUAUCAAAAUGGAAAUCUUUAUGAUCAUCAAUCGCAGCCUAAUCAAGAGCGCGUUCAGCAUGAAAAUUUACAGCCAAUAGUUCCGCCGCCGCACUCGACCGGCUUCUCAUUUAUGGAUCACAGUGGUUUGGGUAACGGUGACCUGUUUUCUCCAACUGAACACUAUCUCAAAGAUGUUCAGUCUGAAGAAGGAGCACACCGAGAAGUUAUAGAAAGCUACAAAAAGUUGGACAGUUUUGGGAGGUGGAUGACCGCCGAAAUUGCGUCUGACAUAGCCCCUUAUCUUAUGGUUGAGCCAGGCGCGUGGGACAACAUGCAGCAAAUGCAGAUGGGCGGAAAUCUUGACCCCAGUCCUACAGAGCAGUGUUUCAACAUUAGCGAUUUCUCCCCGGAAUGGGGCUCGUCUACCGAAGAAACCAAGGUGUUAAUCACGGGGACUUUUGUUGGAAGCAUAACUCCUACGGACCAUACGUGGGCUUGCAUGUUCGGUGAGAUUGAGGUGCCUGCGGAGCUAGUGGAAGGAGGCGCGCUUCGUUGUAAAGCACCCAAGCAUGAACCUGGAAGGGUUUCUUUUUACAUUACCCGUAGUGAUAGGUUUGCUUGCAGUCAGGUGCGUGAGUUCGAGUAUCGCUCUGCGGGUACCACUAAUGAAUCAACACCAACACUCUUGACUGGAGAAUCUAGUAAGAUCGAAGAAACUGCGGAGGAACUGCGAUACAAAGUAAGAUUCGCACGCAUGCUCAUGGCAACUACUACAUUGAGCAAUUGCCGUAUGAACUCCCGAACGCAGACUUUCAAGGAGAGCGAAGAUGACGACUGGAGGCAGCUGGAAAGCAUGCUGGAGGCAAAGAGACCUUUAGCUGAGGUCAAAGAGCAAUUGAUUCAGCUCAUGUUCAAGCGGAAAUUGCAAGAGUGGCUCAAAGAGAAGUCGCUCUUGAAAGAUGGAAAGCGGGCGUCAGUCCAUGACGAUCAGGGUUGGGGAGUUUCACAUUUUUCAGCCGCCCUUGGUUAUGUAUGGUCCAUUAGACCUACUUUGAACGCUGAGAUACCGAUUAACUUCCGGGACGAAAAGGGAUGGACAGCUCUGCACUGGGCAGCUUAUUGUGGAAGGGAAGAAGUGGUUUGUGCUCUUCUUGAAGCCGGCGCUUCACCGAAUUGUGCAACUUACUGCAAUAAAAAGUAUCCUCAAGGUCAAUAUCCUGCCGAUCUAGCCUCGGAAAGAGGCCAUAACGGCAUAGCUGCCUUUUUGUCAGAGAAGGCGCUCACGGCGAGAUUGUGUGGGUUGAACUUGGAGGAUGGUACUCAAGUGGAUGAAAAUGCUGCGUUGCUGGCUGCUGAUAAAGCGGUUGCCCAACUGGCUAGAAGGUCUAGUAUUCGGUCUAGUGUCCACGUAGAGAAAGAUCAUGAGGUUCUGCAAACGUCCCUACUGGCAGUGCGCAAUGCAACACAAGCGGCUGCGUUGAUCCAAGAUGCAAACCGACAAGCUUCUUUUAGAAGAAGAAUGCUGCAUCUCGCAGAUGAUGUGGUGGACGAAUAUGGUCUAUCUCAAGCAGAAGUGCGCUCCAUGUUGGCUGCCCAGAAAAUUCAAAAGGCCUACCGUGGCCAUCAAAAGAACAAAAAGCUCCACCUUGCUGCUACAGCAAUACAACGCAAAUUCCGAGGCUGGAAGGGAAGAAAAGAUUUCCAGACUUUCCGGCAGCGUAUCAUCAAACUACAGGCUCAUGUACGAGGCAGAUUGGUACGUAAGCAGUUUCGGAAGAUCCUGUGGUCAGUCAGUAUCGUUGAAAAGGUAGUUUUGAGGUGGCUCCGCAGGCGCAAUGGUCUAAGAGGCUUCCGAUCCGAGUUCAUCGAAUUACCGACUAACAGUGAUGAUGACGACGACCUGAUGAGAGAAGGGAGACAUAGGAGCACGGCGGCCGUGGAGAAAGACGUGAGGAGGGUCCAAGAGAUGGCCCGAGAGAAGAAAGCGCGAGAGCAGUACAACAGAUUGCACGAGAGGAUUUCCAAGGGUGAGCCUUACAAUAGCUCGUAUCCUGACCACGGGCAAGUCUCUAGAGAUUACAUGGUGGGUCAAGACUCUGUGAUGACAACAGUGGAGUGAUGACGUCACGUAAAAAUCAAUGAGUCCGUCAGUGAUAAAGUUGUUUAUUCACAUCGCUUCAUGAAAGCUACAAUUCUGCUGGCCCAGAGACCGGUAUAAUCUAGAAAAAUUCAUUGUAUAGCAGUAGAGACCUUCUGUAACUAAGUCCUUCACAUUGCCCUUGAUUGGAGUAGUUAGUCAUGCUCCUGAUCUUUGGAAGCUUAGAAAUUGUAACUCACAUGUUUAUGAGGUCAAGCCUGUUUGGCAGUACAAAUGUAGAUUUUAUAAGGAUCAUAUCUUCCUCUUCAUCCAACCAUCUUAUCAUCUCGAGUCUAUGUCAUGCAACCAUCUUCUUGAACUGGACAUCAGUGUGGUUACUGGUGAAGAUGGGCCUACUACAGAAGAGGUAAUUCACUGCCAAGCUCCUCAAUGAGUGGUCCUCAAGACCUUCAGAUAUCUUAUAGCAAUAUGCGUACUUAUCUACUAGUCAUACAGUUUUUUUGAGUAACGAUUGUGUUUUGGACUUCUUGAAUGUACAUCUUCUCGUGUUAAGUCUGCUCAGGUGGCAUGAUUAGUCAGUAGGUUCAGGACACUGAAAUACAGGUUGCAGACGCUUCAAGUAAUUUUCCUGCCUGGGUCAGCUGUCACGAAUUGUGUUCUGCAAACCGUGUAUAUUUCCUAACGUGGGUCAGAAUUUGAAGUCGGCAUUCUGAAAAAGUUUUAUUUGGUGUUUGAAGCCGAUUGU